AUGGGAAAUGAAUUUUCCAUUUCUUUUUUGGAAAGUCUUUUGAAAGAUAAAUCUGAAGAUGAAAUGGUGCGCCACGAGGCUGCAGAGGCGCUUGCGGCUAUAGGCGACGAAGCUUCGAUAGACACCCUGGCGGCGUUUCUGGACGACGCGAGCGUGCCAGUGCGGGAGACUUGCGAGUUGGGAAUUGCGAGAUUGAAACUGAAGCAAAAAGAGGGAAAAAAGGGGGAAAAAGAGGAGAAAAAAGCGGAAAAAAAGGAGAAAAAAGAAGAAAUAAAUGAAGAAUUAAACAAAGAUUCAAAUUCGGAUUUAAAUUGCGAAAAAAAUGAAAUGAAAUUCGCAAAUUUUAAUUCCGUCGAUCCCUCGCUGCCGUUCGCGGGGUGUACAGACACCGACGCGCUGUCGCUCUACUUCAUCUUGACCGACCCGCAGACUUCUUUGGCGAUUCGAUAUAGAGCCCUCUUCACGCUGCGGGACUUGCGAGCUCCUGCUGCUGUUGCUCUUUUAGCUGCUGCGCUGCAGCACGACAGCAGCUCUGCACUUUUGCGGCACGAACUUGCUUUUGUUUUGGGACAAAUUCGCUACCCUCCUGCUGCUGCUGCUGCUGCUGCUGCUCCUGCUCCUGCUGCUGCUGCUGCUCCUGCUCCUGCUGCUGCUGCUGCGGGCGGCGAGGGGCGCGAAGAGUUCCUCGCCGCUGCUGCUGCUGCAGCGGCGAGGAGGCAUGCUGCAGCAGCUGACGCAGCAGCUGCAGCAGCAGCAGCAGCAACGGGGGGGCCUCCUGAUGCAGCAGCAGCAGCAGCAGCUACUGCUGCUGCUGCUGCGCUGCUGCAGCGGCUCGACGAAGAGCCGGAGCAGCAAAUGGUGCGGCACGAAGCAGCACUUGCCCUGGGGUCUCUUGCUGCUGCAGCAGAAGCAGCAGCAGCAAAACUGAACCCUCAAAAAGCCUCGCAGCAAUUAUCUCUUUUUUGCAAAACACUUUCUGGAGAAGCAAAUGAAGACACAAAUGAAAACGCAAUUCAAAAAUUAAAUCAAAAAGUUGAAGAUUUUCAUUUUCAAGAAAAAGAUGCAGAAAAAACAAUGCGAGAAGUCAUUCUGCAGGCGCUCCAAAAGCAGCGCCACAGCAGCAGCAGAGUUGUUGCUGAGAGUUGCCUGGUGGCUCUUUGGAAUGUCCAGGAGGAGUUGGGCAUAGACUGCGGGGUUUAG